GCGUGGCCAGGCCGCUUUGCAAGUCCCUUAUAAAGGAGCCUGAGCAGGUCGGUGUCUUCUUCACCGCAGUGUGAACGUUGCUUGGGUACAGCACUCGGUAAGCCCCGGCAGCAGCAUGUCUUCUUAUCGCCUGUCCAGCAGCACUGCCUCCUCCAGGAGGGGGUUUGGAGGUUUCUCGGUCUCCCCUAUCUCCGUGUCCAGGCUUUCAGGUUCUGACCGCCUGCUGACCUCGCCAGCAGCUUCCCUGAGGAGCACUAGCUUGUACCGGCACAGAUCCAGCACCCCAGCGGCCAGGAGCUACCUCGACAAAGUGGAUUUCUCGGUGGCCGAUGCCCUCAACCAGGAGUUCCUGACCACUCGGACCAACGAGAAAGUGGAGUUGCAGGAACUGAACGACCGCUUCGCCAAUUUCAUCGACAAAGUGAGGGGCUUGGAGCAGCUCAAUGCUGUGCUACUGGCUGAACUCAACCAGCUAAGAUCCAAGGAGCCGAGCCGUGCUGGGGAUGUUUAUCUGCAGGAGAUCAGGGAACUAAAGAGACAGCUGGAGCUGGUGGUCAAGGACAGGGAUCGAAUCCAAGUGGAGAAGGACAACCUCCUGGAUGAUCUGCAGAGCUCCAGGCAACGGUUGGAAGAGGAAGCUCAGAAGAGAGAGGACGCUGAGAGUAAUCUGUUACUGUUCAGGAAGGAUGUGGAUGAUGCGACUUUGAGUCGGCUGGAGCUGGAGAGAAAGGUGGAAUCUCUGUUAGACGAGAUCGAGUUUCUCAAGAAGAUACACGAUGAGGAGCUGCGGGACUUGCAGGUGAACAUGCAGGCUUCACAGUUACAGCUCGAGAUGGAAACAGCAAAGCCUGACCUGACUGCAGCUCUGAAAGAGAUCCGCAUCCAGUAUGAAACCAUUGCCGCCAAAAACGUUCAGGAAGCUGAAGAGUGGUACAAGUCCAAGUUCGCUGACCUGACCGAAGCCGCCAACCGGCACAAUGAAACCCUGAGGCAGACCAAGCAGGACCUGAAUGAGUCGCGGCGUCAAAUUCAGACCCUGACCUGUGACCUGGAUGCCCUUAGAGGAACUAAUGGCUCCCUGCUGAGGCAGCUACGGGAGUUGGAGGAGCAGUUUUCUGUCGAAGCGUCCGGUUACCAGGACACCAUUGCCCGUCUGGAGCAAGAGGUUCAUCACAUGAAGGAUGAGAUGGCGAGACACCUGAGAGAGUACCAGGAUCUGCUCAAUGUCAAGAUGGCGCUGGACAUCGAAAUCGCCACCUACAGGAAACUUCUGGAAGGGGAAGAGAGCAGGAUCACAGUUCCAGUUCAAUCCUUUUCUUCGCUCAGCUUUAGAGAUUACGAUCACAGUUCCGAGAUUCCGAGCAGGAAGACUGUGUUAAUCAAAACCAUCGAGACACGGGAUGGAGAGGUCAUAAAUGAAUCCAGAAAGGAGCAACAGAAUGAGCAUGAGCAUUAAAUUGGAACAGCCCUGGAGAUAGUUUGAAUUUGGAAGCCAAGUAGAACAGAAGAGAAAUCUGAUUUUGUUUUUGUUCUUAGUUUUCCAUUUCCACUUCUUUCUGUUCCGAAGUCAAAAAUUUCUAAUCUGUUCAUUGCCCUGUAACCCUGGAGUCGCACUUUGUACGGCAAACAGAUCUAGCGCCUAAUGUGCUCUCUUUGAAACCAAAUACUUACUAUGUUCCUUAAUCGAGAUCCUAAGGCUGCACGUUUUGAAAUAACUCCCCUAAAACCUGGUAUUCCAUCACCCCUUAUUUACAUGUGGAGAGUCCCUGACACUGAUCCAGCUCCCUCAGAGCCAGCUGUCAAGAGUGAACACACCCUCUGGCAUGCCUGCUUCUACCUGUCAGCCAGAGCUCCCUGAUUGGACCAGGUUAACAGCCCCAAUCAAGGAACUCAUGUUCUAUGGGAUCCACCUGGCUGACCUUGUUGCAAUUUCUAUACUUUGGAAGGUGGCGUUCUUGAAUGUGUGUUGUCGCUCCCCUCACCUCUGACAGACCAGGCGGCUCGAUGAUCAAUCCAGUUACAAAGUAGGUGGGGCUUCAGCUUGCACCUUCCAUAGAAUGGACAAAAACGGAGGUGGCAAUUCUGCCCCACGAGCCUGUUCUGUUCUCCAGUUAGAUCAUGGUUGGUCUCCACCUCACCUCACUCCGUCUGCCAUGGCUGUGCACCAGCACCCGAACUGAGGAAAAACCUGCCAAGCUGCAUUUGGAAAUUUUCAGUGAACCGCAGCUUUCUCUGAGAGGGGUGGGAUGCGGGGGCGGGGGUGCGCUCGAAGGGCCGGGUCUCUGCUACCCUGUUGGGAGUACCUCCUGAUAUCACCUUCGAAAGGCCUCGCUCAGAUUUUCUUGUUUAAUUCCCCUUCUCCCACACCGUCAAAUCCUUCAAUCAUCUUGAUCACCAGCCUGUUCAUUAAAAUUUUGUGAGCCAGAGCUGGGCUUUUAUGACAAUCAAUGGUAGAUUCGUGGCCACCGUCACUGAGAUGAGCUUGGAGGUCUGGACUGAGUGAAUUGAAUUGGGAUUUGAACCUAUGCCCCAGAUUAUUAGCCUGGGCUAAUCCAGUGACGUCAACAUUCCUCCUCCUCAAAGCCAAGGGUAGCUACAUAAACCUGAAGGAUAUUUGCUCUCAGCAGUUUAAAAUUAACGACACCUCGUCUCAUCCAAGCCAUGAGCCAACCUAAAGGCCCAGGAUGAUGAUUUGGGUUAAAAAUGGCGAUUUGGGGCAAAGGCAGGAGAUUGGAACUAGGCGAUAGAACCAGGGUAAGCACAAUGGGUCAAAUGACCUUUCCUCCCACAGUCCAAAGAUGGUGCAGGUUAUGGUGGAUUGGCCGUGGGAAGUUGCCCCAUAGUGUCCUGGGAUGUACAGGCAAGGCGAGCCAGCCAUGGGAAUUGCAGGGUUACUGGGACAGGAAAGGGGGAUGUGGGAAGCUCUUCGGAGGGUCGGUGCCGGCUCGAUGGGCCGAAUGGCCUGCUUCCGCGCUGUAAGGGAAUCCUGUGAUUUCAAAUUGGACUUUUAUCGCCAAAGGUGCCAGCUGCAGGCCUGACAAAAAUGUGUGGGCCCCUGCUGGGCGUGGUCAGUGGGGUGGGUCGGGGGAGAGGAAGCGUCAGGUUAGCGGUAACAGGGAGCAAAAGUUCCAAAUGUUGACAUGAAUUGCGUAGAUAGAUUUGCGCAAAGAUCACAUCACAGACGUGCAGGCGAGGCAAAAUGCUGGUGGUUUCGGGGGGGAAGUUUGUGAGGGGAAGAGCACUGGGACCCAGUGGUACAGAAGCCUGUCAGUAGGCCCUGCAGUUUGUUUUGGCUGGAAACCCUUCGCUCAUUGACGAGUGCCUGUGACCUCCCAGUACGUGAGUCAAACCACGAGCAGCUCCCAGGUACGUCAACACUGAUCAAUGCUCCUGUGGGAGGGAAUCUUAAGGUGACGUGACCAAUCUCACUGUUUCAGUAAGAAAUCCCAAAAUCCAAAACCCCUCAGCCCAACAAAACCAUAUUUAAAUGAACUGCACCAUUGUGUACAAAACUUAUUUGAAAGGAGCCAAGAGUACGGUGAAAAUGUGAAUUCAUUGGCCUCUCCUAAUUAUCUGAAAGAAAUUAGGGCACGACAACGAAUGUUAUGAAGGAGAUCGAGCCCAAAUGAUGAGGGAUCUGGCCUCAGCAGUAAGGCACAGACUGAUUGGUUAUGUAAACCAAAUCUGUGUCUUCAUAAAGGCCACAGUCAGCAAUACUAACAAUUUAUAAAGAAAUGUCAGCCAAACAAUACAGGAUUAAAAACAAGUUGCUGGAAAAGCUCAGCAUCUGCGAAGGCGAAGAAUGAAAGAGUUAGCGUUUCGGGUCUGCUGACCCUUCCUGAGACCGUUCACAGGACCCGAAACGUUAACUCUGAUUUUUGUUUUAUUUCGCAGAUGCCGCCUGACCUUGCUGAGCUUUGGGCGAGAUCUUCGUUGCACCCCAGUUUCUUUCGGAUGCUUUUCCAGCAACAUCUGUUUUCUGUUCCUGAUUGACAGCAUCGGCUGUUCAUUCGGGCUUUUGUUCAGCACUGGAAUGUGUUUUUUUUCUCAGACGUAGCCCUCGGGGGCAGGAUGUUCACUCUGGGUUUCUGACUCUCACCGUCAGGUUGGAUAGCGUUUCGCUGUGUGGGGGAACUAUGACAUUGCCCAGACAGGGAAGCCAGGCUCACCAUCAGAUUAUAGAUGGUAGGCAGGUUCUCGGAGAGGCUUUCUAUUUCAAAAAGCGCUACAGGCUACAGGCGAGUGUAAAUUGGGGAGAAAGGGUUUUCCCAGUGGAAGAUCCCACACCCUCCCCCACCUGCACCAACUAUCUUAAACUGUAAUAGAUCUUGCAGCCUGGUGGCUCCUCUGAGCAGCUAAAGACUAAUUCCCUGAUCUAUGAUUUGCAAUGGUUGAUAAAUGCUAUUACUGUGAACACUGCAGCAUCGAGGCCAGUUGGGAUGAAAUAUGAAUACAAAGGAAGGCACAAAGUAAGUCUGGGAUAACACAGUGUGGAGCUGGAUGAACACAGCGGGCCAGGCCACAUCGGAAGGCUGACGUUUCAGAUUGGGACGCUUCUUCAGAAAUCUCUUUUUUCAGCAUUUCUGAAGAAGGGUCCUGACCCUCAAAUGUCAACUUUCCUGCUGCUCUGAUGCUGCCUGGCCUGCUGCGUUCCUCCAGCUCCACACUGUGUUAUCCCAGACUCCAGCAUCAGCAGAUCUUACUGUUUCUGACAAAGUAAAGUUGGAGCUGUUUUCCCGAGAAUGGGUGAGAAGGUUUGAAGAGAGAAAACCGUGAAGCGACGCGAGGGAAUAGAUCAAAACAGAUUGGCCCCAGUGUGCUGGAUGAGAGAGCAGGAGAAAAUCACAGAGGCGUAUUAGGUCCACAUCAGGGAGUUUGUGAUCAAAGGACAGGCGAAUAUUUAAGAAGUUGAAUUAAAGGAAAACUGCUGGGAAUCUGAAAUAAACACAGAGAAAGCGCUUGGAGAAACUCACCAGGUCUGCUCGCAUCUGUGCAGAGAGAAACCGAGUGAAAAUUUCUCAAGAAGAGUCAGAUUGAACUCGAAACAUUAUCUCUGUUUCUCCCUCCACUGAGACCCGCUGAAUUUCUUCCACAUUCUUUGUGUUUAAGAAUGGUUGAUUGAGUAAAGGGAUUGUGCAGAAGAUGGACAUUAACAUAGAAGAGUGCGCAGAGACCACAGAUCAGCCACAAUCUCACUGAAUGGUGGGACAGAAUUGGAGGGGCUGAAUGGACUACUCCUGAUUGGCCUGUUUCUCUCUUCCAAUUCCUGUCAAAGAUUUGGGUACAGAGACCUAAACCUCUGAGCCAAAAGGAGAGUCGUCGACCUAAAAGGGGACAGUUAAUACCACUCACGUCAGCACUGAAUCCUUUUUUGCAUCCUUUAGACCGAGUCAAACAGAUAGAGAACAGUUCAAAGGAUUUAGUCCUCUGGUGUGAGCAAUCAGACGUUUUUAAAUAUCACAACACAAGGCAGCUAAACAUUUGAGGAUCUGGCUUACACGAGAGAGCUGUUUUAUAAAUGUUUGACGUCUGUGGGCCUUGGAAUUACACAAACAUAGUUAUAGACUUUGUUCAUCAGUCAGUUGGCAACCCCAGUCCCUUUAUACUUGUAUUUUUUUGCAACAAGCGUAGGCCACACCACAUUGUAACUUCACUGAAGGGUUGGCCCUAGUGUUUGGACUGGCCUGUGCAGGAGACAUCUGUAACCACUGGGCCGCAACGCUGUUUACUGGCUUUUCUGAUGUACUAUCUUGCUGUAGCUCCUACUACACUUCUGUUCUCGAUUUAUAGCAAACACAACAAUUGACAAACUGAGUGCAAAUCAAACUACUCUCGUGUUGUUAUAGUUAGUCUGUUGUAAAAUUGGAGCGUCAAAGCUCACUUUGACAAGGCCGGAUUUAGGGAGCCACGAAGCAAUGUUGGGUAAUGCUCGACUCCAAUGAAUCUCUGGGAUUGUUUUGCCUUGGCAGAUUGGUAUGUUUGGUUCUAUUGCAAAGUGGACUUUUCUGAAAUAAAGCAAGCCACUAUGCUUCAGAA